GCUCCUUCCGACUGAACAAGACCAACGACCAAAAGUACAUUAAUGGACGAUCAUGGAUGGGAUGAUGACCCCGUCGAGCCGCACGCAGGAAACGACUCUUCAGGGCCAUCCAAGGACCACAUUUCCUCCCAUCGCCUGGCACCCGUGAGUGCCUCUGAGCACGAUCAGCGCACAGAAGGCGACUGCGAUCAGUAUGACGGAAUUGGCGGUAACAAGCAUCAUCACCAAGAGGGCAGCCACGAGGAAGAUUUGAGCCACAUAGACGAAGCCCGCUACGACAGCCACGGCCAAUUUGGCGCUGGUAACAACAAUGGCCAAGGUCGUGACGACACCCGUCUCCUUCGCCAGCCCAUCGUGACGGUACGUUACGAUGAAGAAUCACAAGCAAGAAGCUAUUACGGCGUCCUCGACGUCUCGGAUGUCAAUGCAACCCGAGCAGACGAUCGACCUAUGCGGCGGUGGGGAGCACCACCGCCAGUGCAUCAGGAGCCACCCAUCUCCCCUAUCGCGCCAAGCCAGUCUCCUCGUCAGCAAGGCUACGAUCCUAUCCCGCGCGACACCUCCCCUCACAUACAAGACCAGAUAGAGGCAUUGCACGAGGCACUACAUGAAAAGGUCACAAUCAGGAGUGACGGUCCCAAAGACAGCGAAAAGCCCCUACAAGAGCACCACAGCGGCGGAUACGGAAAAGAAGGUGACGAGGACCCGAGUCCAUGGAGUGAUGACAACGUCUCUCCUCUGGACCAAGCCGAGUCCCAACGCUACAACACCGAGAUCGUCAGAGACUCAAAUCUCAACAAUGCCCGUCACAGCGCUUCCGUGGCCGACAAGGACGACUCGAGCGCAGCAGGUGACGAAAUGAAAGAGAUCAAAUUCGCCGUGUCCACCGCCGACAAGACAAGCAUGAACGACUCGUGCCCCGCUGAGAAGACCAUCUCCAUCGGCGAGACCUCAAUACAGCCUCGAGAGUCAGCUCCGCUGUCUUCACGUGCCCCACCCACCAUUAGCAAGGCAAGCGCAGCCACAAUGCUUCCCAUCACCCAUCCAGCGAAAAAUAUCGCCAUCGAUUACGGUCCUACUUACCAGUCAGAUCGGCACGAGCUGCCGCACAUUCAUCAGCCUCAGAUCAUCUGCGCCUUGUCGCCAAGCAGCACAAGCGGAUGCGGAUCACAGCAACCUGCGGUGCCGACGCAGGCAUUCCCGCUGGGUCCUCAGCAGCGACCAAUUCUGUACCUUGUUCCGACGGGCUUUCAACUUGUCCAGUGGCCCGCACCCAAUGGGUCCACAGACAUUCUUGGCACUUCUGAAGCUCCUGUGGGGAGUGACUACAUCACCGUCGCCCUCGGCCACCAGUCACAGCUGGCCCAAGGCUACACGACGUCCUUCGUUUCCCCUUCCAGUGCGGGCGCCGUCGUGCGCCCCGAUCCAGUCGUCCCUGGCGAAAAGAGGCGCUGA